AUGUUCAACGGCGAUGAUGACUUUCCAAUGGGCGCGAUGAACAGUUUUGGACAAAUGCAUCAACAAAUGAUGAACGAUAUGAAUAUGAUGACAGGAGGUAUGCUUCGAAAUAUGGGAAUGGGUGGAUUCGGAAUGAUGGGAGGACCAUUUGGUAAUCCAUUCGGUGGAAUUAUGGGUGGAAUGGGGCAUCCAUUUGGAGCAAUUACCGAUGGAAGUGGUCAACCUCCUAGCCGAAGACGUCAGGAACUAGAAGCGAAUCCUUUCGCACCAUUCGGAGGAUUAUUGGGAGGAAUGGGAAUGAUGAUGCCACCACCAGGACAAGGAUCCAAUGUGUACAUGAGCUCGAGUGUGAUGACUAUUGGACCAGAUGGUAAACCACGUGUCGAACAACAGACAGUCAGAAGACAUGGAGAUGUUACUGAAACGAAACGACGCGUCGAGAAGAAUGGAGAGUCAUCGAUGUCGAUCGGGCAUUCGAUUGGCGAUCGUUCGCACUACAUCGACAAAAAACGGGAUCGUGAAGGAAAUGUUCGAAAACAACAGAGAUUUGUGAAUUUAGAUGAGGCCAAUGCCGAAGCAUUCGAUCGUGAAUUCUCAUCUCGGGUGCGACAAGGAUACGGGGGAAGCUCGCGCAGCAAUUUGAGAGAAAUAGAUGAUGGAAACACUAGCAGAAGGUCACCAGGCACACGAAGAACAGAAGACCGAACAACGAGUCGUGGCGCCCCAAUUGUCACUUUGCCUGAGGAGGAAGAAACAUCUCAUUCCCGCUCAUCCACAUCACACCGUAUCGGAGGUCCAUUGAUUCGAGAGAUAAGUGAAGAGGAAGCUGAACAGACUCCAUCAUCAUCUAUCCCAAAAAGACGUCGUGGACCCAUCUAA